UUCGUAUUUGCUAAAGGAGCUGCGAUCUACACUCACUUCAACCUCAAACAUAAGCCCGAUCCCCAGACGUCGCUUUAAUAGCUGAGGAUAAGCCAACUGGUGGAUUUGAGUCCCCAUUGACGAUAGAGCAAUGGCAAAACCUCCAGCACAUGGCAGAGGGACCAAUCCACCCCCUGCGACUUCUCGAAAGAGCCCAUAACAGCCCUCUGCAAGGGAAAUGCGUCUCAACUUGCAGAGGCGUCUACGCCUCCCUGUUCAUUGCCUUCCUCAGUAUCUGCAGCCUCUGGAAAGUCGUCCAACGUACAAGCGCUGACGUCUCAGUCGGCGGUGCAUUCCCUGUCGUCGAUGUGAACAGGGGUGAGAGAUGGUCGACCAUGAAUAAGAACUCCCCAUUGGUCCUGCAUGUAAGGUGACCAGGCCAGCCGGCGCCGCAGGCUUUUUUCACACUGGGGUAUUGCCCAAUCACUGCAAUCCAAAUGGAUACCAAGCUUCCGUCCCAGAGCUAGUAG